UUCUGACUCUGACUGAAACUACGGAGCGUUUCAACGACUUCCAGAAAUCAUCUCUUCUUCUCCAAAACACUCGGUCACGCUGUAAACUCUAAACACGUAACGUUAUUUACUAUUUUUAUUAACUGAGUCUUCUGUAAGGAUUUAGGCACAUUUAAAAGGCGUAUUUUCAGUUUUUGAUUUUCACUUUCGCUCACUUUUAAAGUAGGUCAUCUUAUUUCCUAAACGCAGCGUGAGAAUGAUGAACUGCGGUCUUGUGACUGAGAAAAAUGAUCUGGUGCCUCUGAAGAGCAUCUCUGUGGAGGUCAGUGUUCAGGAUCAUGUCUCCACAGUCUCCUCCACUCUGCUGUAUGUGAAUGAGGAAGAGCGCCCCCUGGAGGCCUUGUUCGUGUUCCCUCUGCCCGCUGAUGCUGCUGUCUGCCACUUCAGUGCCAAGAUCGGAGAGCAGGAGAUUGUGGCAGAGGUGCAAGACAGAGAAACCGCGAGGGAUCGGUAUGAUGACGCUUUGAGUUCGGGUCAGCAGGCGUUUCUGCUGGAAGAGAGCGCAGAGAGUCCUGAUGUGUUCAGACUGAGUGUCGGGUGUCUGUCGCCGGGUCAGAACGCUGCCGUCACCAUCAUCUACAUCACCGAGCUCGAUGUGCAGGCCGACCACUCGCUGCGCUUCUGUCUGCCGGCUGUGCUCAACCCCCGAUACACACCAGCAGGUUCAGGAGCUGGUAUAGUCUCAGAGAUUUCAUCAGUAUGUGGAGCUGCUCCCUACACGCUGACACUCAGUGUCCAUGUGAGCUCUCCAAAGCCCAUCUCCAAACUAGAGUCCAACUGCACUCUGGAUCCUCUAGUGUUCCUCCGCUCGGAUCACACUCAGGCUACGGUGAAUCUGAGUCCUGGUCACAUGUUUGAUAAGGACGUUGAGCUGUUUCUGUACUAUCAGGAUACCCAUCAGCCCUCUGCUGUAGUGGAGGCAGGAGUGGCCACUGCCCCAUCAGGCUCUCUGAUGAGGGACCCAGUGGUCAUGAUAAGUUUGUACCCAGAAUUCCCUGAAGAAGUGAUGUCAUCACUGGCAACACAAGGAGAGUUUAUUUUUGUGAUGGACAGAUCAGGCAGUAUGGGUGGGAUGCCCAUAGAAAGAGCAAAGGACACUCUGCUGUUACUGUUGAAGAGCCUGCCAAUGGGAUGCUACUUUAAUAUCUAUGGAUUUGGCUCUCGUUUUGAGUCUUUCUUCCCUCAGAGUGUCGAGUACAGUCAGGACACGAUGGAUCAGGCUCUAAAAAGAGUGAAGGAAAUGAAAGCAGACCUGGGCGGCACAGAGAUUUUACAGCCUCUAAAACACAUCUACAGCCAGCCCUGCAACCCUGACCAUCCCAGACAGCUGUUCAUCUUCACUGAUGGAGAGGUGGGAAACACUAAAGAGGUGCUGGACCUGGUCAAACAUCAUGUUCACUCUCACAGGUGUUUCUCAUUCGGGAUUGGUGAGGGUGCAAGUAGCGCCCUCAUCACAGGAAUGGCCAAGGAAGGAUCAGGUCACGCUCAGUUCAUCACAGGCACCGACCGCAUGCAGCCCAAAGUGAUGCAGUCCCUCAGGUUUGCGCUGCAGCCCCAUGUGUUUAAUAUCUCUGUGGAUUGGACCCUUCCAGAUGGCGUUACUGUUGACACACUGUCUCAACCCAUCAACGUCCUCUUCCAGGGUCAAAGGGCACUCAUUUACGCACAACUUAAAGGAAAGAGUUCAGGAGGUUUCGAGGGAAACGUGACGGUCAAAUACAGGCUUAAAGAUCAUCCAGUUACAAACCAGCUCCACUUUUGCCUCAAACCAGCUGGGGAAACUGGGUUGUCCGUCCACCGGCUGGCGGCUCGGACCCGGAUCCGUUCUCUGGAGCAGGAGGAAAGGACACGUGGUGCAGAUGUUAAGGGCAUCAGGAGAAAGAUAGAGGAGCUCAGUGUUCAGGCAGGAGUGAGCAGUGUUCAUACAGCUUUCAUUGCUGUUAAUAAAAACAGCAGAAAGACUGUGAAAGGACCCCUGCUGCAGAGAAGAGUGCAGACAUACGAUAUGAAGUUUUCGCUGCCUGUAGCUAACUGUGCUCUGUCACGGACCUUUGAAUGGGGGCCUCCUAAGUCACGGCUGGGGAGACCAUCUCACAACCUGUUUAAAAAUCAAGUUGUAGAAGAUUCCCAGAUGUUUCAAUCCUUAGAGAGGAUGGGCGAUUUAUAUUCAACACUUUCUACGAGAACACUUCGGCAAAACAAAACAGAUCAUAUUCCACUGUCUCAUCAAGAAAAAUCUCUUGGCAAAAUAAGGGGCACUGUUCUUCUUGGAGAGAUAAAAAUGCCCCAACAAGCUUGUGCGUUGCUGGACGACUUCUCUCACCGUGACAUAUCAACAGUGACUGAAAACACACCUGCAAACGGAUUUUUGACAAAGGUUUGGAAUUUCUUCCGCCAUGGUUCGAAGUCUGCAGCCGCCCCGACUGACUCGCAAAGUCAUGCUGCUCCUGAUCCCCAGAAAGACUUGUUACUGAAUGCUCAUAUAACUGCAACUGCAGACCCGUUACUCCAGCUGGUUUCUCUCCAAAAGGCGUCAGGCUGCUGGGAUCUGGACGUCACACUGGCUGAUGCGUUUGGGAAGACGGAGGAUGAGCUGACCAAUCAAAAACCAGCACAGGUGGAGGGGUCAGUAUGGGCCACUCUCCUGGCUCUGAUCUGGUUAUACGGCUGUAAAAUAGACCAGCGGGUCGAGUGGCAGUUUGUGGCCAUGAAGGCAGCGUCAUGGAUCAGCUCUCAGAAAGUGGGCGAUCUGUCUGAGUGUGUGUGUGUGGGUAAUGCCCUGCUCGGAUGUCAGGUGACCAAAGAGACUCUGGGAAUCUAAAGACAUCAGUGUUUCUACUUCCUGUGCCGUCAGUAGACGAAUCAACUGUUACAGUUUCAUUUACUGUUUUUCCUUUACUUGUUUCUUUAAGGUUUAAUCAAUUUAAUUUGUUCAAAUCAACACCGAUUUGUAAAAAUAUGUGAGUGACCUGCUUGAGUUUUAUGUACCAAAGUAAAAGUAGUUUUGGCUUUCUUAUAUAAUUUUCCCCCCAAGAUACAGUCAUUUAAAUGGAUCAGGUCUAGGGUUACCUACUGUCCCGAAUUAGGCGUACCGUGUUUUGGGCCUAAUUUAUUUGUCUUGUAUGGGACCCCGAUUAAAUAGACUGCUACGCUGAUCUAACCACUGACUGAUACAACAGCAACACGGCACUUGAGAAUGAUUACGACUCCAUUUAUCAUCCAAUCACAGGCCACUCUCACGCGCUUCAGACCAAACAAAUAAUAUCAAACUCUAAAUUGAGAAUUAAUUAUUCUUGUGGGACAAAUCAUUGUUUGAUUUGCGAACAGAAGCAUCUGCUGUCUAGUCGCUCCCGGUUCAAUCCGGACUCACGUUAACGGCAAAUCCCUUCUACUAUUCGGCUGGGUUUUGAUUUCAAAUCAGUUUUGGUGAAAUCAGACAACGUGAUUAUUGUUCAUGAGUUCAACAUCCAGCCAUGCAAGAAAACAUGAAAUCUUCCUGAGGAAAUAAUAUGCUGAUGUGAUUUGCUGCCCAUUAAACAUUUCUGAAUAUUA